AUGAAUAACACCACAAUCAACACCACAUCAGCCAGUUGUGGUUCAGUCCCAUAUCUUCCUCUGGCGAUUGCCGAGAGACUUUCUCCUGAGCUUCGCGCUGUAUUCAUCUUCAGAAUCGCCGCUAACGCUGUAAGCUGUCCUUUCGUCAUUUUGCUGAACAUCUUGGUAAUGGUGGCAGUGAAAACCAAUCGUCGACUUCGCACCAAAUCUAACGUAUCACUCGCUUGUUUAGCCACAACUGACCUCAUUGUUGGACUUGUUGUUCAACCUUUGCAAAUCGUUCGGCAUAGCUUGAUGCUCAAAGGUGAGACUGGCAUACUUUGCAGCACGCUAGCCAAGAUAACGGUGGCUAUUAACUUAAGGUGUCUCAUAGCGUCGCUUGAUCAUUUCGUUGUAUUGAGCUCAGAGCGUUAUCUCGCUAUAAAACACCCUUUUGCAUACGAAAACCUUGUUACUGAAGGUCGUCUCAUCGCAGCCUCUGGUGUGGUGUGGGCUGCCGUGAUCAUCUCUCCGGUGGAAGACUUCUGGCCGGCAAACAUAAGAAAUGUCACAAAAUUUGUAGUUAUUGUUAUGCAGUUUAUUUUUCUUGCGUUAGUCGUUUAUUUGAACGUUUCUGUAUACAGGGAGAUCCGCCGCAACGAAAAGCAAAUUAUUGCUAAUCAAGUUUCCUUAGAGGUAAAGCAGAAAUUACUUAAGAAUAAAAAAGCUUUUCACCGUACAAUUACUGCACUGCUCACAAUUUUCCUGUGUUAUUUCCCGGCAAUUAUCAUUAUUGUCAUUUUGAUAUCCUUUAUGAAAAACAGCAUCACUAUUAAUGUAAAACAAAUCAUGUUUCAUCUUCUCUCUUUAUUUCCCGUACUGAACUCGUUGUUUAAUCCACUGAUUUACGCCGUUAGAAUAAGAUCUUUCCGCGUGGCUUUCAUUCAGUUGUUGUCGAAGAAACCUUUUGCACAAGCCGAGCAGCUUGAAAGGAAUAUUUUUGGACCAAGACAAAUUCAAGCUGUAGCCACUACUGAACAGGGAGAAAACAGCGUUUGCCGAGAGGGUGAAGUGGAACAAGGAAAUGAGACAUUGCACCGAUAA